AUGCGGUCUGAUAGAGAGUUCUCGUCGGCAUCUGAUGAUGCAGAUGCCCUGGUGGCGGACCUGCUACAGCAGUUUUCUUCUACAGAUCACAAAGCGCCACAGCAGCCAUUAGCGACAAGUUCACAUUCGCGUUCAGAACCCGCGGCUGAACCCACCACCGCCAUACCUUCCCCAAAGGUUGCAUCUGAAGAAAAAGCUUAUGCAGUAGAGGUUCCUGCCAUUUCGGACGCCGAUGAAUACGAGUUCCUUCCCGGCCAUUUUGUAGUGCGCGAAAUUCUAGAGAAGAAGCAGACAGCCGAAGGACCGCGUUACAAGGUGGAACUGGAAAGUUCAGAUAAGGAAUGGAUGCCCCCGUCGCACAUCGAGACCCUCACAAACGGACCUGAAGCUCUGUCACAUUUCAAAUCACGAGGCAAACGGAAGCCCGAGGAGAUGUUGACCGACGGCCGCCACCGCAAGGUGCAAAGACCAGAGGGCUUUGUGAGCUCCGAAACUCUCAUUUUCUCUGACGACGAUGACGAUGAGCCUGUCGUGUCCGCCACUGCUACAAGAUCAACUCAGAGAGACCGUCCGCCACUUCGUCUUACUAUGAAGCGCCAACAGCCUUCAGACGAGGAAGGAUAUUACUCGUCCUCAUCAUCUACAAAUGAGUCUGAUGUGCGUCCCACACGCCGCUCGACGCGUGCUGCGACCCAGCGCUAUACGUUUGAAUCAAGUGAAGAAGCGUCAAGUGAUGAUCUCCUCGGUUCUUCCACGGUCACAAUCUCGAACGGACGUCGUUCUGGAAAGAAUAUUGUGCUGCGGCGAAGCGCUAGACAUUUAAGGGCUCGAAAGUCAGAUAGUGAGAGCGAUACAUAUGCCCCCAGAGGCGUUCGGUUCUCGACCAGAACAAGGAAAUCCCUAAAGAAAAACCUAAGAGAGAGGCUAGAGAGUGACAUUUCUGAGAACGAGGCUGUCCCAACAGAGAAGAGGUACAUAGGUGCCAAAGAGGUCUUUUUUAAGGUUCCAACCCAUGACCCAUUCAGACAACGUCAUCGAAAUGUGUGUGACACUUGCUCCGUGCUUGGUGACGAUAAGGAAAAAGGUCCUCUUGUAUUUUGCCAGGGCUGUACAAGUGCUUUUCAUAGCGUCUGCCUGGGACCGCGGGGUUCUCGAGAACAUAUCGUUACGAAGGUCGGCCAUGACAAAUUCGUUCUUCAGUGCCGCCGGUGCAUUGGAAUUGCUCAUAAGAAGGACUCCACCGCCCCCCAUCUAGGCCAUUGCACCGAGUGCAAAGCCGAAAGUCCUUUGGCCAAGCCUUUUAAAGAGCGUCUCAACUCUCGCCAGGAGCAAAAACAACGAGAGAAAAACGGUGGGGUUGACCCGAUUACUACCGUUGACAAGUCACUCGUGGAUAAUGUGGAUAACGUUCUCUUCCGUUGCAUAAAUUGCACCAGAGCAUACCACUUUGAGCAUCUUCCCCCCAGGUCGGAAGAUAGCCAUGCCUCGCAGACGGAAGGUCUUUCGUCCACAGAUAUAGCUAAUAUGCGGUUCAAGGAAUACGGUCGAAGGUGGAUGUGCUACGACUGUGUGACGGCACCUGGAGAAAUUGAAGCUAUUAUCGCGUGGCGACCAGUCGAUGUCGAUAGUUAUACUCCGGGCUUUACCGCGGAUGUUUUGGACGAGGCAGAGAAAGAGUAUCUUAUUAAAUGGAAGCGCAAAUCUUACUACCGCACGACGUGGAUGCCAGGCACCUGGGUCUGGGGAGUGGCUGCACCCGUCAUGCGGAAAGCAUUCUUGAAAUCCCCGAAGGCUCUUAAGCCACAGAUGACCGCGGAGGAUGCGAUACCGGAGGAUUAUCUCCGGGUCGACAUCGUAUUUGAUGUCCGCUAUACGAACAUUGUGAGCAAUUGCACCAAGGAAAUUGAUAUGGCGCGGGUUAAGGAGGUGAAAGAAGCGUAUGUGAAGUUCAAGGGCCUUCUCUAUGAGGAUGCUGUGUGGGAAGCAGUGCCCAAUCCGGAAGACACAGAAAGGUGGAAUGAUUUUAAGGCUGCUUAUGAAGAUUGGGUCCUUCGUGACUACGUUCGCAUUCCAAAGUCUGGAGCUCUCAAGAAGCACCUUGCUCACGUUCGCGCUCAAGACUUCAAGUCAACUCUGGUCAAGAAAAGUCAGCCCAGCUGUUUGACCGGCGGUAAACUCAUGGAGUACCAACUGGACGGCCUCAAUUGGCUGUAUUACAUGUGGUACAAGCAGCAAAAUGCGAUUCUCGCCGACGAGAUGGGACUUGGGAAGACAAUCCAAGUCAUCGCAUUUCUGGCAACACUGAUUCAAGACCAUCGAUGCUGGCCUUUCCUCGUCGUGGUUCCCAAUUCGACAUGUCCGAAUUGGCGACGUGAAGUCAAGAAAUGGGCGCCAUCCCUCCGUGUGGUCUCGUAUUAUGGCAGUUCCGCCGCACGCAAGAUCGCCCACGAUUACGAGAUGUUCCCCAAUGGUGCUACAGACCUACGGUGCCAUAUCGUCGUCACCUCGUACGAAACAAUGAUCGACGAAAAAGCCCGGAGGGUCUUGUCAGGCAUACCAUGGGCAGGCCUCGUUGUUGACGAGGGACAGCGCUUGAAGAAUGAAAAGAAUCUGCUUUACGAGUCUCUUUCACGGAUCUCGUUCCCCUUCAAAGUGCUCCUCACGGGCACUCCGUUGCAGAAUAAUACUCUGGAGCUUUUCAAUCUCCUCCAGUUCUGCGAUCCGAAAAUCAAUGCGCAGGAGUUGGAAGAGAAAUAUGAGACCUUGACCAAGGAGAAUGUGCCUGAACUUCAUGACCUGAUCCGGCCUUUCUUCUUGCGCCGCACGAAAGCUCAGGUUCUCACAUUCCUUCCUCCGAUGGCACAGAUCAUCGUUCCUGUGUCGAUGUCAAUCGUACAGAAGAAAUUAUACAAGUCCAUCCUCGCUAAGAAUAGCAAGUUGAUCAAAUCGAUCUUCCAGAACAAUCAGGAUCAGAAUCUCAAACAGACUGAGCGGCAUAGCCUCAGCAAUAUUCUCAUGCAGCUCCGAAAAUGUCUGUGUCAUCCAUUUGUGUACAGCAAAGCAAUAGAGGAACGGACUUUCAACGCUGCGGUCUCUCACCGCAACUUGGUGGAGGCAUCAGGCAAGCUGAAACUGCUUGAAUUGAUGUUGCCUAAACUUAAAGAGCGCGGACACCGCGUCCUGCUCUUCAGUCAGUUCCUGGAUAAUCUGGAUAUCGUGGAAGAUUUUCUAGACGGACUCGGUCUGCUCCAUCGCCGACUUGAUGGUUCCAUGAGCUCCCACGAAAAACAGAAACGGAUCGACGAUUUCAAUGCCCCGAAUUCGCCAUACUUUGCCUUCCUCUUGUCGACUAGGUCUGGAGGGGUUGGUAUCAAUCUCGCAACUGCUGAUACCGUUAUCAUCAUGGAUCCGGACUUUAAUCCCCAUCAGGACAUUCAGGCUUUGUCCCGUGCUCAUCGAAUCGGUCAGCAGAAAAAGGUUCUGGUCUUUCAACUGAUGACGCGUGCCAGUGCCGAAGAGAAGAUCAUGCAAAUAGGCAAGAAGAAAAUGGCUCUCGAUCAUGUGCUCAUUGAGAAAAUGGACGCAGACGAUGAGUCUGCUCUCGACCUUGAAUCUAUUCUUCGACAUGGUGCCGAAGCUUUAUUUGAGAAUGACGACACGGGUGACAUUCAUUAUGAUUCCGACUCUGUCGACAGGCUCCUCGAUCGUAGCCAGGCUGAAAACACGCAGGUCGGCAAUGAUGCGUCUGCCGAAUCGCAAUUCAGUUUUGCUCGGGUUUGGGCAAAUGACACUGCGGCUCUGGAAGACCGUCUAGGUGACUCGGACGCCCCCACUCCCCCUAGUAAUACACUGUGGGAGAAGAUUCUGCAGGAGCGUGAAAGAGCUGCUGCGGAGGAAGCUGCUGCCCAAGCCCAAGCGUUGGGCCGGGGAAAGCGGAAGCGGAAUGUUGUCGAUUAUGCGAUCAAUGAAGUCGCUGGCGAACCGAGCCCAACUGGCCCUGCCAAAAAGUCGGGUCGACGAGCCGAGAGCGAUGCCGAGUUUACUGCCGAAGACGAGGGAUCUGAUGAUGUCGAUAGUGAUGACGUCGAACCAGAGUCUGGUGAGUUGACGCCUUUGAACAAAAAGCCCGUUCAAAAAGGACGUCCAUUAAAGCGUGUCGACCCUGAUAAGGUCGAAAUUCCGUCUCUGGAUGGCAAUUCUGAUCGACCUCCUGCAGGUCCCAGUCGGCCCUUCCCGUGUCUGGCAUGCAAUCAGCCCCAUCCUGUUGGAUACUGUCCUCUCAAGCUGGCCGGAGUUGAGCAUUGUGGUCUUUGCGGAAUCGCCCAUUUCGGAUAUCAGCGGACAUGCCCACAUCUCAAUUCUGAAGCACAGAUAACAGUGAUGCUCCAAUCUUUAAAACAAAGCACGGAGCCGAGAUAUCUAGUCGACCAGGCAAAACAAUAUCUGCGCAAUAUCAAAGGAGAUCUGGUGUGGCGUAGGAGAAGGGCUGAAAAACUCAACAGCACCAACAACGGCAGUACUAACAACGUCAGUACCAACAACGGCAGCACCAAUAACGGCAAUACGGCUGAAUCUUUUCCACCGGGUGGAGCUUCGAGACCUGGUCAAACAGUAUUAGAUCUGACACAAACGUCUGGUCCUCAGCAAGUCCCUUCGUCUGUUCCUCCACCUCAAGCCCCAUCACAAGCACCACGCCCGAACGCCGCCCCAAAUUACCAGGGCUUUACGCAGGGUCCAUCUGGGGCCAAGCAAUAUCCUCAUUCAAUGCCUUCUUCUGGCCCUCCUCCUGGCGCUUUCCAGCCUCAGUUUGGCUCCCAGAUGCCACAGCCACCACCAAACGCAAACUAUCAUGGCUCCAUGCCGGGCGGUCCGGGCAAUACUCAUCAUGCACAUCCUCCUGCUAAUCCUAUCCCGCCGCCUGCGUGGCGAAAUCCCUCUGACCGUCCACAAUAG